CUUUUAGAUAACAACGAGUCGCACAGCCGGCCAAAGUGGAAAAGCCUCCUGUUGGACUACCAGAACAUCAGCGACGGCCUCCUGACUGCAGCCGCAGCCAACGGCCACCUGAAGAGGGUCAACGACCUCUUGGAGGACCGAGGCCUCCGGCUGCAGCAGCGGGCCGAACUCCUCAACGGCACCUCCGCUGACCUAAGGUCCGCCCACCUGGCCUUGAGUCUGGCGAGCGCCGAGCUGGCGGAGCAGAUUACGAACCUGACCUCUGCCAACCAACGACUGGCACGGGAGCGCGAGCGGCUCCACCGGGAGGCGUCCGGCCGGGAGGCGGCGGAGCGGAACGCCUCUCGGAACGCCCGGCGCCUGGCGGACUCCGAGGAGGAGGGACGGCGGCUCUCCGAGGCCAACGGCCUCCUGAGGGAGGAGCUGCUUCGAGAGAGGGAGGAGAACCAACGGCUGCUGGAGGUCAGCGGCCGGCUUCGUGGAGAGGCCGAAGAUCUGAGCAACGACUUAACGGAACUCCAGGAGGAGAACCGGGAGCUGAAAACGGAGAGGCGGGAGCCGGACGGGGAGUCGGUACGGGAGGCCUUCCGCUCCCUGGACCUCUACUGCCCCGUGGUUACUCCCAGGACCAAAGAACGGAUCUGCAGAAAGUGUCUUGACGGCUGGAGACUCUUCGAGAACAAGUGCUACUUCUUCUCGUCUCAAACGCUCACCUGGAGCUCCAGCAGAUCCUGGUGCCGGACACAAGGGGGCGACCUGCUCGUCGUCGACAGCCAGCCGGAGCAGAGCUUCGUCUUCCAGAGCAGCCAGGUUCUGCAGCUGAGCGGCCGCCGGCUGUGGAUCGGCCUGUCGGACCGGGAGGAGGAGGGCGAGUGGAGAUGGGUGGACGGCAGCAGGGUCCUUUCAGAUGUUCAGUUCUGGCUGAGCAGACCAGGACUCGGGCCGGAGCCCGACGACUGGAAGCUGGACGACCCCCGAGGAGAAGACUGUGGCCUCCUGGAUGCCAGCGAACAAGCACUGGGGUCCUGGAUGGACGGCUCCUGUGAGGAAUCUUACAGAUGGAUCUGUGAGAAGAAUGUUUAAUGAGAAUGUUCAAACAAGAACGCUUGUAUCUCUAGUUUCAUGUUGUAAAUGUACUUUUCCGUGUGUUAUCGUGGAUACAUACGUGCUGCUGUGUGAGUGUUAGUGCACAUGUUCAAUACUUUCCUCCAUUGUACGAAAUAAAAACUGUUUCUCUCAA